GUCGACCCCAUCUAUUUCUACGCCACUGAGUGACACACACGGUGGUGAACCUGCUACAGUAUGCGAGACGUCCAACGUGGAAGGAACGGCGCAACAAUAGAGUGUUGAUUAUCCACAACAUUGCAUCGUUGCCUGCGAGUUAUGUUUGCAUAUUAAGAUACGCUAUAAUUUUUGCUAGACGGUGAACUAGAAGUCAGAUUAGUUGAUAUAGUAUCGGUGAUAUAGUUUGCAGCAGGUUAGCGUAUGAUGCUCUACGGUAGGUUCUACCUACGCUAUGUUGAUUGACAUUAUAUCUUUUUGCUCAGAACAGGAGUAGGUCGGUCGAGCUAGAACUGUUAUUGGCUAACCCUAGACAGUAUCGUUAGUUGGUCUAGGUACAGCUCAAAAGAGGUUCCACAAUCGUUCAGCAAGGGACACUGUUGCAGGAGAUACGAUCUGAGGCUGGAUCACUAAGAGUAAGCUUGUAAAACGUAUUAAGAAAAGCUAAGAAAAUGCUUAUGAAUUUGUAUUUUUAGGAAUUUUAUAAUUUUUUCCCACCCAGAGAAUAAAUUCAUUGAAUUUGGAUCCUGUUCUUUAUUGCCUCCGCAACAUUUUAUAAAAUUCUCUUAUAAUGUCGAAAAAGUCGGCAAUUGCUGAAACGAAUACUGGAACAUCGAUGCCUGGCCACGCCGAUGGAUACGAUCACGGAGUCGCAGGAACAGCGGCAAUCGGUUCGAGUACCACCCCUCCUGUUACCAUCGCAUCCUCUCCUAGUACUGGAAUCAAGGUAAAUGUUGACGUUGCCAAUAAUAACGUAGCCGGGGCAACCGGUCUGAACUCUGAAAAUCCUGUCAAUAUCGGUCAAUCGAACAUCAUUGCCAACACCGGUUCCGCGCAUGUCAUUAGAAGGAAUCCGUUACGCGAAGUUCGUAGGAAUGUAGAGUAUAGGUGUCAGUUGUGUGGAAAACGUGACAGCGAAGAAAUGGUGCAGUGUGAUGGUUGCGAUCGGUGGUUUCACUUUGCAUGUGUGCAUGUGGCGGAAGACAUCGCCAAUGUAAGCUGGAUGUGUCCGAUAUGCAAAGCUUCAUCGUUUAUUGUGCCCCCCACCAACACCAACCGCAUAGUUGAAAAGCAGCGUAAUCUAGCUCCCCCAAGCAAGAUCACAUCAAUACGGUCGAACAGCAAGGCUAGCUCAAGGAGUGAAGCAAAGAGGUUGAAAGAGCUAGAGAUGAAGCAGCUCGAAGAAGAGUUUGAGUUGGAGAAGCGUUUCUUGGAGCGAAAGUAUAAGCUCCUGAAGGAAUGUGUUAGCGAGACAUCAUCUGUGACUGAGGAAAGUGUGGAAGGAAAGUUAUCGAAAAUCGAAGAAUGGUUAGCCGAAACAGAACGUCAUGGUGAAGCUGAGGAUUCUGGGUUAGUUGCGGAAGUGGCAAAUGAGCAUACCCCGAACAGUACGGGAAAACUCGAGGAGCACCACGCUCCGGAGGUCCAGCGAAAUCUACACCCAUCAAUUCUCCGAUCUAGCCGGCGCGGUCAACGCCUUGCAGGGAAUCAACCCUUUUCAUCGGUGCAGCAGUCGAUUCAACAAGAUCAACCGAUCCCGUCUACGUCAGCUACACGUCCACAGUACAACCGUCUCUCACAAGGAGUGCAUUAUGCUAACAGCACUCAACUGAACUCUGUUCACAUACUUCACCAGAACGAACGUUGCCAAGCCGAAGGUCACCAAAGGCAUUCCGCCUACCCGCAGAGCUACGGUCAUCCAAGAGUCGUGUCUUCGUCGCUACCAGAAAUGCAUUACGGCCAAUACUCGAGAGAUCUUCCAGGAGGACAACCAUGUCGCCAACUAUCAGCCAGGAGGGAGUUUGUUUCAGCGGUGAAUCCAAAUCUAGUGAACGAAUUUGUUCCAGGCCAACGUUCAACUCCGAUUAGAUCAGCUCAGCAGGACUCAGGCUCACCAGUGUUCGAUGAUGAAACCGUCUGUGUCCUCAAUAGAAGCCAAAUUGCAGCGCGUCAGGCAGUGUCCAGAGAUCUGCCAGAUUUUGAUGGCUCAUUAGAGGACUGGCCACUAUUUUAUGCCAUGUUCAACUCGUCAACGCAGAUGUGUGGUUUUACAAACGAGGAGAACAUGCUACGACUACGCAAAUGUCUCAAAGGGAACGCACUAGAGGCGGUAAAAUGUGAGUUACUCCAUCCGUCGAACGUAGGAGAUAUUUUAUCCACGUUGAAGAUGUUAUACGGCAGGCCAGACGCGAUCAUCCAAUCCAUCGUUAAGAAGAUUAGACAUCUGCCGCAACCAAAUACAGAAAAGCUAGAAUCACUAGUAAACUUUGCGUUAACAGUGAAAAACAUGGUUGCAACGAUUAGAGCUUGCGAAGUUAACGACUUCAUCUUCAAUGCGUCACUCCGUUACGAAUAAGUUGAACGCCUUCCGGCAACUCUCAAGUUGGAUUGGGCUAGGUUUGCUCGGAACUAUCUAGAUCCUAAUCUAGCUGAUUUCAGUGGCUGGUUAUACACCAUAGCUGAGGAUGCAAGCACUGUGAUGGCCACUUCAGGCCAAGAGCAACGAACUAAAGGAAGUAAGAAAGAUGGCUUCCUGAACUUCCACUCCGAGUCGGAGCUGAACGAUGAGAGCGUUACUCAUCCGUCCAACAAGCCAAUAUCUGUCACAACGCCAAAUGCCACCACAGACUCCUGCGCAGUUUGCAAGGGAAGUUGUCCUGCUAUCACCAAGUGUAGAAGAUUUGCCGAACUUAACUACGAGUCGAAAUGGGCAGCGGUAAAAGAAUGCAAGCUGUGCCGCAAAUGUCUUCGCAAGCAUAAUGGUUCCUGUAAGCAACAGAAGAAAUGUGAUACGAAUGGAUGCACUUUUCUGCAUCACCCUCUACUCCAUAAACCAGAAAUCCAGGACUCCAGACCUUCUGGGCCGGUACCUACGACAUCUUUACCAGAGCCAGCCAAAUCCGAGCCAAGUUGUAAUGUGCACCAAGGACAGUCUGCAGUGUUGUUCCGCAUCCUCCCGGUCAUACUGUAUGGACCGAAAAAGGCGAUACAAACAUAUGCAUUCAUAGAUGACGGAUCUGAGCUUACUCUCAUUGAGCAAAGUCUCGCCGAGGAACUAGGUAUUGAAGGACCAAGAAAGUCGCUAUGUUUAAAAUGGACUGG